UUUUUCUCUUUCCUAACCUCCCGCACCUCGCUUCACCAAAGAUUACGAUAUCGGCAGCCCCACACACCCGCUAUAAAGCUUCGGCCCUGAGUCUCUAGAUUUCACAGGUAAAUCUUGUUUUCAAAAUAAACAUGUGGAGCUGGUUUGGAGGUGGUGCCGCAAAGAAGAAGGACUCUGCCAAGGAUGCUAUUCUCAAGUUACGGGAGCAGCUGGAGAUGCUGCAAAAGAAAGAGAAGCAUCUCGAAGGAGAGAUUGCGGAACAAGACGCUAUCGCUCGCAAGAUGGUCCAGACAAAUAAAAACGCCGCCAUGACUGCAUUAAGACGCAAGAAGACUCACGAGACUCACCUCGCUUCAACUGUCGCUCAGAUCAAUACCAUUGAGCAGCAGAUGCACUCUAUCGAGACAGCGAACUUGAAUUUUGAGACUCUGAAGGUUAUGCAAUCCGCUAGUGAUGCCAUGAAGAAAAUUCAUAACGGCAUGAACCUGGAUAAGGUCGACAUGACAAUGGAGGAAAUCAGAGAGCAGCAACAGAUUGCCGAGGAGAUCGGUAAUGCGAUUGUCAAUAUGAGCGAGCCUACCGACGAGUCUGAGUUGUUGAAGGAGUUGGACAAUAUCAAGCAAGAACAGUUAGAUACUCAAAUGCUCAGCGCCCCGUCUGCUCCGAUUACUGCGACGCCCCAAACCACCAAGGGCAAGAUGAUCGAAGAGGACGAAGAUGCAGAACUGAUGAAGUUGAAAGCGGAAAUGGCAAUGUAAUAAACAAUUGGAUAAUCGCUAUUAUAAGAGCCAGAAAUCUAGGUUGGGGAGUUUAGAAUUUGUAUUUGUUUCCUAAUUUUUUACGACAGACCGUUUCGCAGAAGAUUGAUUUCUGGGUGCUGGCACAGUCAUUUUUCCCCCUUACCUGUUUACUAGGAUUUUAUUUUCCCUGGUGCUCGGGGAGGGAGCCUGUCGGGUUAGCAACGGUCAGGGCAAGUCUUGGGAUGAUGUCUGCAGGUGUACACACUAUCUCCAUGUUUGUGUUUCCUUGAUUAUGGCGUCCAGAUGUCUUGUGGAUAACCUUUUCUCUCUCAACCUCUCCCCCUUCUGCUGCCCCUCUCAUCAUUUGUUAUUGUCUUCUCCCCUUUCCGUCUUUUCUUUGGUUCCUUUGCGGGCAACUCGGUGGCUUAGUUUGGCUUUGGGAGCAAGUGGAGUGUUUUGUUUCCUUCCUUUCCUUUCCUUUUUACGUUGCGUGGGCAUUUGUACUCAGAUUUCGAAUAGCUAUACUUUGGCAACGGA